AUGUCGAAAAAAUUCAGUAGCUUCGAUAGACUCAAGUUCUCCGAGCAGCCCCUGCCCGAGUUGGGCGACGGUGAAGUUUUAGAUAAGCAAAACGUCAUCCCCGGACUCGAUGGCGCAGGCACAGUCGUAGCCAUCGGCAAGCAAGUCUCUCGCUUCCAGCCCGGCGACAAAACUUUCGAACCCAGCACCGGAGGAAUCCUCGACAGCACCCUCAGAACGUACGGCGCUUUCAACAAACACGCUCUUGUCCGUGCGCCGUCAACUUUGACAGCUCGGGAGGCGUCGACGCUGCCCUGCGCUGCCUUGACGGCCUGCAACGCCUUAUACGGAUCCCUCGACCACGUCGUCAAGGCCGGCCAAUGGGUCCUUGUCCAGGGCACCGGCGGCGUGAGCAUCUUUGCUCUGCAAUUCGCCAAAGCCGGCGCAAGAGUCAUUGCCACAACCGCAUCUCCUAGCAAAGUCGAGGCGUUGAAGCAACUCGGCGCCGACCACGUCAUCAGCUACAAAGAAGCUCACCGCAUCGAGGCCAUCAGGAUGUGCGGCGUCAUCACCAUCGUCGGCUUCUUGGCCGGCCGGUCGGGCGACAACGAGACGAGCUUCCAGAGGUGCCUGGCGAAAAUGUUUACGCUGCGGCCUGUCUUUGCAGGCAGCAGGGUUCAGUUGGAGGAGAUGAUUGAGGCGGUUGAGGCGCAUCCGGAGGUGCUGCGAGAGGGUGUUUGGGCUGGAGGAGCUUCGGGAGGCGUAUGA